ACGCAAUCUCUCUUCUGCACAUACCCUGACAGAAUCCCUCGAGCCGUGGUACUACAUACAGCUUAGCCUUUCCUUCAACUUGAGACUGAGACCCCAACGAAGUCUUUUUUUUCAAGCUCGUCUCCAACAUGGUUGGUGUUGCUGGGAAAUCAAAGGCGUGCCAUGACUGCAGAAGACGCCGUGUGAAGUGCGACUUAACACUACCUCUCUGCCUGCGAUGUGCUAAAGCUGGAAUUGCAUGUAGAGGCUACAAGCAAUCGACUCUUUGGAUCCACCGAACUCCAGCUUGCCCUAACGUCACUGCGUUUUCUGUUAUAACAGAUUUGCGGUCACAAGAACCGACCCCACAGAUAUCAGCAGCCUCUAUGUGGCUAGAUUUAAUACAGCGAAUGUAUACUCGGCUCAACUCAAACGGCUUGCCUUAUGACAUAACGACGUUUCGACUGGAGGCGCUACACAUCGCACAAAGCAUAUAUUUUCCCCGCUCAUCGGUCAUAGCAAAUAGCAACGAUAUCAGUUUAUUACCAUCAUCGUGGCUCACAGUCAUUUGUGAGAUGCAGCGCCCUAACGACGCGUUAGAUAAUUCCCUCCUCGCCUUCUGCGCCAUCCAAAUCCGCUUGUCUGGAAAGGCAAGUUUCUCUUACCACGAGACAGUCCGGCUGUACAACCAUGCGCUAUCAAAGACUAUUACUAUCCUGGAUUCCCCACGCGUAGCGAAUAGCGACGAAGUUCUCGCCGCUAUUGUUAUUCUUUCUACCUGCGAAGUAUUUUUGUUGCAUGCAAGCACCAGCUGGAACGCACACGCGCAGGGUAUAUCUGAGAUUCUCUACCGCCGCUGUAUCCCAGAAAAGACUUCAUUAAAUUGGACAAACUUGUGCCGACGUCUCUGUAUAAUAUGUGUUAUUCAAGCAUUGUUUCAGAGACGCUCCCUUAUCCUUGAGCCUGAUAUCUGGCGACAACACAUCGGUCUUCCUGUAGCACUUGGAUCCUUUAGCAAGUUUCUUGACAUAAUUAUUGACAUUCCCUCAGUCAUGGCAGGUGCUCAUACCCUCAUGCUUCACAAGGAGACUGAUUUAAAGCAAUCGCUCCAAUGUUUCAGUCUUCUUCACCAGAAGUUCCGUGAUCUUGACCACUGGCGAGAACUUCAUCACCGCAGCACCACAGCAUACAUUCAAGGGCCCUUGUACUGGUCUGUUCUCUCCAGGGCCAAUAACCCUACAGAUGAUGGCUAUGUGGAUAAGUUGUUUCCAUUUGCACUCAUGUUCUCUUCUGUAGAGAGCGCUUGUGCAUGGGUACUCUGCUCCACCAUAAUGCUUGAUGUCCUCUACACAAUCUCGCUUCUCGGCUUGUCGAACGUCAGUAAUGACAAAACACUUCCAUCUCUCACGGAUAUCAUUGAAGAUAAGAUCCCGGAGUACAAUGCGUCUAAUAUAUCAUCCAUCGGCCUGACAGACGCUGACAGGCUAGCUCGUAUGCUCUGCCAAAGCAUUGAGUUCUGCUAUCGCCGCGUGAAUGGUACAUUUGGCCCGCAGAUGACAUCUUAUACCCAGAGCAUACUACUUAGGUAUGUUAGCUACCGAGGACUUAAUCGGGAGCUUGAGUGGUGCAUAGCAAUCAAGGACAUGAGGGGCCCCGGUACUAAUUUUGAUGUUAAUGUGAGGCAAUUUGGGUCAGCACCCCCGUGA